AUGAAAAAAACAUAUGCAGUUCAGAAAUUCUGGGAAGAGUAUAAAAGUAUAUGUUUAGACAAUCACCUAACAACUGUAUUAAACGAAACUAAAUUGCAGAUGGCAAUUUCAGAUUACAUUGUCAACAAAUCCAAUGAGGCAACAAUUCAUUCUGAUCUUAUUGGAGAAAGAUGGCACCAGAUUCUGAAAUCCAAGAGAAAAAUUUCCUCUUCUUUAAUUAAUGAAGUCACAUAUGAGAAUACAUUGACACAACCUACAAAAAAGCAAAAGCAAUCAGAUGUCAAACCAGGGAUUGGUGAUGAAGGAUUUGAGGAUGCAGUUGAUAUAAAAGCAGAUGCAGAAGACUUUUUUGAGGUGAUUGUUCAUGACACUGCCAUUGAGAUUGAUAUCCCAGAAGAUAUCAAGGAAUAUCUAUGCAAUUUGCUUAGCGAAAGCAUUGAAAGUGCAUUGUCAAAAGUAGAAAAACCACUUAAUGGUGAUGAAAAAACAUGGUCCAAUCAAACAGUCUAUCACAUUAUUGACUUGUUUUCAAUGUUUUUUGGAGAGUUGAUAUCAGGAAUUGCCUUUGGAGAAAUUGUAAAUGAAGUUCAUAAAGAUAGAAUCUAUAAUGUAAACGUUAAUCAAAAACCUGCAAGUUCAAGGAGAGGAGACAAGAAUGAUGCUGUUUUAUAUCAGGAUCAAACUGCUAUGAUUAUAUACGAACAGUCCUUUGGACCAAUAGAGUUUGAUAUGACACAUUAUUUGGAAGAUAUAACAAAAUUGGCACAUAAUGGGGUAGAUGAUCUAAACUACCAUUUCAUUCAAUAUGACAAUUCUUCCAUAACAACAGCAAAAAAAUUAAAUCCAUCAGCAUCCAUGGAUAUAGUAGGUGUUUUCCUUUUACAUUUUGCAUGA